GUCACAAAAACAUGUUAAAGCAUAAUUUUUUUUACCAGAGUGGGUCCUCAGGCAAAGAUUUUAGUGUACAUUCUUUGGUGACAUUAAUAUUAAUAAUAAUAUACGAUCUUUGCUGCGAAUCCCUUUCAUGUCAGGGAAGACUAAUCCCAAACGUUUCUGGAUGCAACAAGAAGUUUAUCAAAAUAAAGUUAAUUAUCAACUAAAACAAAAUUGAUUUGCAAACUUUAUUAACUAUCUAAAACAUUGAAAACAGCAGAACCACAUUUUCUUGCACUUCACUAUUUAUUUUGCAUCCUGAAGGAAUUUCAAAGGUUUUUCCUCUUCAGAUUCUCUGCAUUCUAUUCUAUUCAAUUUACCUGAAUAAAUUCAGAUUUGAAAGUGCUUCUACUUUGCGCAGACACGACAGUCUUAAGUUAGCUGCCUUUUUGCUUUUGAAUCAAAAUGGAUCAAGGUGCAUGUUCGGUGGCUGAACAGGACUGACGAUGGUUAACAGGAAAGCACAAAGUGCUCUUUCUUUGAAUUUCUUUCAAAGAUUACCGGCACACAUCCAGCUUCCAACAAAACAAAGUUUAAGAAAUAAUAUCUUCCUGAUUUUUCAUUUCGUAACCAGAAUUUUAAAAUAGGAUUUCUAAAUGACACUCAUAAACACACAAACACGAGUCAUUUUGAACAAAGGUUCAGAUGUUAACUGAUUGUUUAGGUCUUGUUUUAAAAGGAGGAUUAUUUCAUCUACAUGAAGUUAUUGAAGUUAGUGCAAUAUCAGUAGAAACUUUAACAUACUGAAGUAUUUAGUCCUCAAGUCAGGCAUGUCCAAAGUUUGGCCUAUGGGCCAAAUACAGCUCACAUUCAAAUUUCCACCGGCCCGAAUGCUCCUGUCAUAAAAUUAAUGAUAAAUUAGUUCUGGUUUUCAAAUAUGAAUAUUAACUAAUGUGAACUUUAUUAACAUUAACAUAAGGAUUCAAAGACAGGUGGCCCCCUCGUUUUCACCUCACCAAAUCUGCCCCCUUUUGCAAAAAAAGUUUGGACGCCUCUGCCUUUAGUACUGUUUAACAAUUAAAAACAAAGCCUGUUAGAGAUUAAGAAAAUUGUUUCACAGGUGAAAAAAAAUAAACAAUAAAUAAUAAAUUUUGAUUUUUAAAAAGUGGAUUAACAAGCAUUCACAGUUCCUGGUUUACAUGAAUAAAAAAACUUUGGCCUUUAAAUGGAGAACUUUAUUUAAAGGCUUCUUAAUGUUCCUGCAAAGAAAAAAAUAUAGUCCUCCACAGGGUUUGUUUCAGGCCAUACGUGAUGGGAAGUGGAGCACAGGGUACAGUUAAGAGAGCAUAUGACUUAUUGGUACAUUACGCAGGAUGUUCCCACACCUCGCGGUUUUUCAUUAUCAGUCGCGUGAGUGCUCCUUUGUGGUUUUGUGCCUAAAAGAAAAGCACAUGAUGCCAGCUGCACGCGAAUCAUGAACAAGCGAUUCGGUCGAAAGGAGAACUACCAUGACAGCGAUUAAGCUCUCAUUAUGUGUCAGAUUGGAGCAGCUGGUGUUGCAGCUCACCUACCACAGCAUGCCAGUGCUUACCUGUUAUGUUUGGCUUCUUUACCUGCAAAGAUCUGCUUCCCGUGAUCACACCUUUUCUUUCUUACUUGGGAUUGGCUGACGAGCAAGCAGGCUGAGGUGUUGCAGCUAAUCGCAACAGCUACGGGCUGCUCCAUUCUGCUGCUCCAGGGAGGUUAAUGAGUGAAGUCACUGGGCUGUCAGCCAAACAUGAGCUCCCACAAUGAGCCUUACCGCUGUCUAAUUAUACACUCCCAAAAAGACAGGGAGCGACAGAGAGCAUGCAGGCAGAGGAAAUAAGAACUUCUAAAAUGCCGCUGUUCGUCACAGACUCACCAAGAGGAGUAGACAAAGUUAAGGCAGGAGGUGUGCAGCAGAUAGCAGGGAAAGAGACAGGGAGGGAGGGUGCUGGAGAGAUCAGGCAAGCCGGGGAGAGAAACGGCACACUUAGAGGGAGAUACAGAGAGGCAGAGCAAAGAGGCGUUUAGAGAGUGAGAAGGAAGGGAGGCAGGAAUAGGAUGAAGGACUGAGCAUUAGAAAGGAGGAAGAGGCUCACACUCUCCAAACUGGAUAUUCCGACGUGCCUGCCUUCCUCUUAUCCCGUUAGUAAACUCAGAUACCUGCUACGCCAUGGCACCCUGCAAGGUAAGCGGUGCAUUGACACAAAGGCAUCAAUAGUGAUCCGAUAGUGAUGCUGUGUGUCAGCCUUCCCAUCUGCCUGUGCCCCUCGUUCUCCCGUGAGGCCCAUGUAACCUAGCCUACACCUACACAAAGGGGGCCCCUACUGCUGCUGGAGCCCACACAUGAAUCCCAGCCCUGACCGCAGCAAAGAGUGUCUCCCUCCAAAGAAGAGGGAGUCUCGGCAAGGAUCAGCGGACCACUAUGUCCCCCUAGAUGAGUUUAAACCCCCUGUGCCUCUCCGGAGUCGGACAAACAAUGGGAGAGGUGAAGGAAGCAGAGAGGCCUGCGACAGAGAGAGAGUUCUCUCUAAUCCAAAUCCCCAUUUUCUGCAUAGUCCCACACCCCUGCCCCCAUCAGCACAAGGCCUUCCUGUACCCCCACAAUGGCCCCUUAACUACUCACCUUCUGGCUCCCUUCCCCUUUUUUCUGGGCAAAUGGGUGAGAGGAGGAACUCGAGGUCUCCAACGUGGAGAGACGAUCCACUUCCUGCACCUUUGCACCACCACUCCAGGUGGCUCAGAGGGGAUACCCCCUUAUCUUUGCCUCCUUCUCCAUCGUCUUCUCCGUCCCCCUCCUUCAAGACUCCCUACCCUGCCAGCUCCAGGGAGAUGUGGUCUUACUUUAACAGUGGUCGGCGGGACUACUGUUCCUCUCUUUAUUCUCCUUCUUAUUUGUUUAACCCUCCCUAUCUGUACUCUCAAGAUCCAAACUUAGUAGAAGUGAGACCCAGGUACUUAAACAAAAGGCCUAAUGGCUUGGAUGGGCUAGGUAGCAGGACUGCCUCAGCCUCCAGACCUCUGCUGACAGGAGAAUACUGCGACAACAACAACAGAUCCAGGCUUGAUGUCAGUCCACACAGUUCCCAUGCUAAUGGCGGACGGAGGCAACAUGAGGAUUUGACAGCCCGUGUUCUUUCUGGAAGGCAAUUCCUGUCAGACUCUCAAGCCCAGGAGACCCCCGAGUCUCAUUCCUCUGUGCUAGACAGACAUCAGCAUGAGAAAGGGAGUAUGGCGUUACUUUCCACCAGUCCCCAUCCCCUCGGACCGGAUCCCAGGCCUGGCAGAGGGGGGCUUUCAGACUAUAUGGGGACCACACAAACUAAAGCCCAAAUUUACUACUCCUUGGGAUCAGUGUCCCACCCCAAUCCUCAGGUCCAGACCUACCCUCUCUACAGCUCUUCAGAAACUCCGCCAUAUAACCUGCACAAAGAGCCAGGCCCAAGACAGCACAAUCCAAGGAACUCUCCUCACUUACACCCGGGUCUGCCCAACAGCCAUGAGAGGUCACAAACGGACAGUGACCGAGACCAAGAGAAAGAAAAAGUCUUAAAAAGGGACAAAGAACAAAGCAAAGACAAAGAGAAGCAACUACAUCACGACAAAGACCAAGACAAAGACAAUGAGCGUGAGAGACAAUGCAACAGGGGAACCGAAUCAUCUCCUUCCCGUCUUCACAGCCCAUCCCUGACCCUUCACAGAUCUCCCCCUGCACUCCUACCUCACUUCACCAAAGGAUCUCUGAUUGAGCUGGCCAGUGGGAGGCUGAAGCGGGUGGAGGAGCUGCGGACCGAGGACUUCUUGAGAAGCGCAGACACAUCCUCAGAAUUCCACCUCAGUACAUGCACUGUGCUUUCGAUAUCGCCCAGCAGUGCACAGGGCUUCAGCCAGCUGCAGUUGCACCUCACAGAUCGUAAUACUCAGGAGUCACUGAAGGUCUUGGUGGAAUACCCGUUCUUUGUGCAAGACAGGGGCUGGUCUUCUUGCUCUCCCCAGAGAACCACACAGCUUUAUGGCCUGCCUUGCCGCCAGCUCUCAGAGGGUGACAUAUGCUUGGCCCUCACCCCCACACCCAACCAAACUCACUGGACACAGGUGCGCACCAGCUCAAGAACGCAUCGCCCCCAUCUCCCAUCCAAAGCUACCGGGGAAUCUAGCAGCUCUCACAGGGAGGAGAUGCCACCCCCACCUCCUCCUCCCCCUCUUCCUCACCAAGCACCUGCUCCCACCCCGGUCCUUCAGCGCGCUCUGGCUGCAGAGCCUCCGGCCAGGGAUCAGCAGUGUCGCCGGAAACGGCGUUGGUCGGCACCGGACACCCUUCCUUUAACCGGACCUGAUGAAAAACCUUUGGAUUUACCUCGAGGCUCUAAGCUAGUGAAGUGGCAGUAGAAACUUGCACAUGCACAUACACACCCUCCUUGUCUCUGUUGCCCCACCGCCAAGACAAAACAAUGGAGAGGCUUCAAGGUAGGGUUGCAGGGAAGGAUCACAACAUAAAAAGAAAUCGCAAAUUGACACAUGAUCUUUGCCUUUCCUUUAACCUAACCUUUCCCAGCUCUGGAAAGAAAAAACAGCUCAAGGAUUUCCGGAUGACUCCCAACAGAUACACUGAAGACAUUGUGUGAGACAAUCAAACAUUCGUCUGUUCACUCUUUUUAUGUCAUGAUUGUCCUACACUCCUGAAUGAAAGUAUUCACUGCAGGGUUUUUAAUCAGUGUUAUGAAAUAAUAUUAAAGAAGUGAAGGUAUAAAUAUAUAAAUAACAUGGCGGUAUAUCUUACAUUACAGGUGUUAUAUACAGUAAAUAUGCUAAACAGAUUUGAUGCAAUUUCUGUCAAUCUUGCAAUGCAGUCUUGUUUUUUCUUUCCUUAUUCUUUCUUUGGUUUCUCGCUUUGGUCCGAUGCUCUGGUGUCGGCUCAGGCGGGCAAAGGUGAAUGUAUGAGCAACUCUUCGCCUUCUUUCAACUCAUCGCUGGGAGUCCUUUCAAAAACGUCUUCGUCAAGGCAUUACUCUCCAAAAUGUUCUUAACAUUAUCUCUGAGAAAGGGAGAACACUAAAUGGAAGCUGCGUAACAGACAAUCCCGCCCACACAGACAGGUCUGUGGCACAACGCCUCGACUGUUUUCUUUUUUUUUCCAUUAAAAACUGAAUGAUGGAAAGAGUAAAGCGUACUGUGUGGUUAAAGAGUAAUGGUGCUAAUAACAGGUUGGAACUUGAUGCUUUGUGAAUUCUUUUGACCCCUUUGUACUGUAUGCUUCUGUUCCCAUCUCAUUUUUUUAUGUACUGUAAUUGUUUGAAGGCAGGGAAAAUAAUGAAAGUAUUUUAAAUUCAGAUACGGGUAUAUCAUCUGAUUCAGCACUCUUUCUCACUUUAGUUUGUGUAUUUUUUUUUUUACUUGAAGAAAAAAAAAGAUACCUGUUGUCUUUCUUUUUAAAUGUUACAGCUACAAAAAUGUAUAUUUUUAAAAAAAAUUGUGAAUCUGUUACAUGAUGUCUGCUAGAAAUAAAAGAACAAAUGAGCUUUA